AAUAAUAAACAGCUGGCCGAAUUGAUAUUUUAUAUUAUUAUGCCUUUGAGUGCGCUUGGAUUUCGAAGAUAGCGAUCUAAAGGUUAAAUCCACGAUAGGAGAUUGUUGUUGUAAUAGCAGCAUAAACAUUCCUCAUACACAUUCGGGGAGUGCUGCGGAAGUGACAGUCCUUGGCCGGAUUUAAACCGGGCCAUUCCAGUUACGUACAACAGACCGUCGUGGGAACGCCACGAUAGAAGAUCCUGACCGCUGGUUUAUCAACGAAAAGAGGCAACUUAAACAUGUGUGUAUACUCCAACAAAAACAACUAAAUAAAUAUUGUGAAGAGCGCAAAUUACGAUUAAGAAAUCCGUCUUUAAAGACACAUUUGACUCAGCCUACUAGUGGAAUUCUCUACAAGUGACAAUUUGCCUUUCAAUUUCAACUCAAACAAGCGCUCACAAGGCAAGAAGAACUCGCCCAAUGGAAUCCUUGGUGUGGAGCUGAGAACGAAAAUUCGCAAGAGAGAUAUUACUUCUGAAACACUACGGUUGAAAAAGCAUCUUAAUUGCAAUCAGUUUUCUAGCAGCCAGUAUAUUAUUCUCAGCUCUCCUUUUUCGUCUGUUUAUCCCGUCUGCAAGUCCAACGAUGUCGAUCCAACGAUGUUGGCUCCUUGCUUGAGAUUUCUUUGAUGAGCAGGUUCUGCCAGUUGGGCGCCAGUUAAUAAUUAAUAUACUCGGACUGUUCACUUGUGAUCUCUGCACGAAGUUAAAUCAGCGAAAUAGAAUUAUUACUUGUUCGUUUAUUGGUCAAAUCCGUACUCUAAUAUAAAUGACAAAAUAUUCUUAACAUAAGCUAGCCCUGACCUAUAAUCGCUGUGUCAGCGAUUAUGCUGAAUGGAUUAUGUUUCAACGUCGCGACGGUGCAUGGAAUGUUGACGGCAACGUAUUGUGGAGUUUGGCAUAAUUGGCAUUAAACAUUGUUGCAGCUUUGCUGAUCGUGCAGAACUGCAGUCGUUGACUUUGUCUGACCGGAUGUGUUAACUUAUACACGCUUUAAAAUUCACUUCACAGAAACUACUGUGAAACCGGCAGAAAUAUUUCCUUCACUGACAUCAUAACCUCAUUGAAAAAAAUGUAAUCAGUUGUCAUGAUUCAUUAUUGAAUUAUGCUCAGUUGUAACUUGACUUGAAUACGGAGAACACGAAAAUAAAAAUUUUAAAUAAUAAUAAAUAAUAAAUUUUCAAAGCACAAAACAAAAAAAAACAAUUCGUGUGUUAUUGUUUCAAUAGUGUGAAUAGUGAAUUCCAGAUGGGCAGAUCGUUGACACGUAGCUGUGGAAUUUUUUGUGGCGUAAUGUUCAAGAACGCAAAAUUGUUGCUGGCAAAUAGGCAACUUAUCGGUUGCACCUACACACAAUUCACAGCUGCCGGCAGAAACGUGAACUGUCCUCAACGAGACUUCUUCACUUUUAGUGAUCUUACAAACAAGAAUCGGGAAUAUGCCAAAAAGGAGUUAAUUGGAUACUCGAUGCAAGAAAUGUAUGAUGUGGUCGCCGACGUAUCGAACUAUUAUAAGUUUGUGCCAUACGUGAAAAAAUCACUCGUACACAGUAAGCGUAAUGACGGCUUCAAGGCUGACUUAAUUGUCGGUUUCCCACCGCUGAACGAAAGUUAUACAUCAAACGUUUCGCUUCAAAAUCCUGUGCUGGUAAAAUCUGUAUGCAUAGAUGGAAGAUUAUUCAACUAUUUGCGUAACAAUUGGCGAUUUAGUCCCGCUCUGAAGGAUAUUCCACAAUCUUGUGUUGUCGAUUUCAAAGUAACUUUCGAAUACAAAGCAAUAUUGCUGUGCAAUAUUGCUAUGUAUCAACGGUUUGAAUUCGAAAGUUACUUUGAAAUCGACAACACAAGAUUGUGGAAUAUCUUUCAGACCGGGACUAAAUCGCCAAUCGUUACGCAAAUAGUUGAAUAAUCUUCCAUCUGUGCAUACAGAUUUUACCAGCACAGGAUUUUGAAGCGAAACGUUUGAUGUAUAACUUUCGUUCAGUGGUGGGAAACCGACAAUUAGGUCAGCCUUGAAGCCGUCAUUACGCUUACUGUGUACGAGUGAUUUUUUCACGUAUGGCACAAACUUAUAAUACAGUAGAAUUCCAAUUAUCCGGAUCAAUUGGGACCAGACUCGAUCCGGAUAAUCGGAAAUCCGGAUAAUCGGAUUUGACCAAAAAAGCUAUAUAUAUAGGGAAAUAAAGCAUUAAUAAGAACAUUAAAAUCACUUUACUUAUUAAGCAAUGAAGCAAGUAAGAUUAAAUAUGUAACUUUAUUGAAAAAAUAAUUUUAUUUUAACAUUUUUGUCAAUGUAAGUGUAUUAAUGAACA